UUAACAGUUUCGGCCUGCUGCUUGUUUUCUUCGGUUACAAUAUGACAUGGUGCAAUUUUCUCGAGUUUUGUCAAAUUUGGAUGUCUACAUAUAUCUAGUUACCAAAGAAUAUACUACUCAAGAUUUAAAUAUUGAUUUAAAAGCUAAAUAGUAUUAUUUUUAAGCAAUAAUAAUUUAUUAAAUAGAACAGCUCGAAGUCCCUACUCCCAAUUAUUGAAAAUCUGAAUAUCUUCCACUUCAAUAUAGUUAACAUGGAAAAAAAUGAAUCAAAGGUUAUUUUGUAACUAUAUUUAUAAAUUCGUUAAUUUUAAUAAUAAUAAAAUAUGGAAUUAUCAACUAAAGUAUUUGGACGUCUAGGACGAUUUUGGAGGUCUAAUAAAUUACAAUUUGGGGUAUAUAAUAAAGUAGCACCGGCAGAGACCACACCUUCUAGAAUUGUGCCAGAUCAUAUUGUUAGACCCCAUUAUGUCACAGGACAAACACUCACAAUACCUCAUAAACCAGAAAUUAAAGAUAUUAAUCAAAUAAUGGGAAUGAGACAAAGCUGCAAUUUGGCAUCUAGUAUUUUGACUAAAGUGGAACAGUUUAUUCAGCCAGGUGUAACAACAGAUGAAAUAGACAAUGUGGUUCACAAUUUAUGUAUUGAGGCAGGCGCAUAUCCAUCACCACUACAUUAUCAUGGGUUUCCAAAGAGUGUGUGUACAUCUGUAAACAAUGUUGCUGUCCAUGGUAUACCUGACCUGAGGGAAUUGCUAGAUGGUGAUAUAAUUAAUGUUGAUAUAACUGUGUUUUAUAAAAAUUACCAUGGAGAUUGUUCAAAAACAUUUUGUGUUGGAAAUGUGGAUGAUCCUGGCAAGCAGCUUAUAGCUGUUACAGAGGAAUGUCUUGAAAUUGCUAUAAAAUCAUGUGGCCCUAAUGUACCAUUUACUGAAAUUGGAGCAAGUAUAUGUCAGCAUGCUAAGAAAAGUGGUUUUACAGUACUGCCAGCAUUUUUAGGUCAUGGCAUUGGGCAGUACUUUCAUGGGCCACCUGAUAUCUACCAUUCAGAGAAUGAUUACCCCGGAGUGAUGAAACCUGGAAUGACUUUUACAAUUGAGCCUGUUCUCUCACAUGGUAAAGAAUAUACAAUAAUCCUUGAAGAUGGAUGGACUGUUAUUACGGAGGAUGGGUCUAGAGCCGCUCAAAUUGAACAUACUAUUCUAAUAACAGAAAAUGGCGCAGAAGUUCUUACAUAAUUUAUAAAUGUCUUAUCAAUAUUUAAAUUUAAAAUGAAAAUUGGUACUACUUGAUAUACUGUGCGCUCCUACUCCAUACGAUGUAACAUGGCGUGAGUGUUAUUUAUGAAAAUUAUUUCAUUCAGUUUAUUUUCUAAUUGACAUAUAUUUUAUUAUUUAUAACCUGAACUACAAGAAACUAGGUAGGGUGAAACAUUGUUGUUUUCAAGUUUUAUUAUUUUUUCUUAAUGAUUGCAUUGUAAAUUAUAUAUAUGUAAGAGAAGAAUAAAACGACUAAAGUAG